GAGAGAACAAACCUGUUAACAAUCUGUAAGCUGGUUAUCAAGAAGAUACUUAGUUCCUCAUUGAAUCCAUCCAUUCCAUUUGAUAAUGAUCAUCCCCUACUCAAACAGUUCCUUAUCAUCAUGGAGCACAUAUUUUACAACAGGCUAAGAGAAGUGAAAGUUUUCUUGAGGGAGAAGAAGAGUGCUUGGUCAGCCAUUGAACAACUAGCAGGAGAGUCAACUGACCUCAAUGAAGUCGUCAUCAGUAUUAAAGAAAUGAAUGAUAUCAGGAGUCCACUUGGUCGACUUCGAGGCUGGUUACGACUGGCCUUGAUGCAAAAGAAACUGUCCGAGUACUUUGUGCUCCUACUUCAACACAAGGAUGAUCUUUUGAGAGACAUUUAUGAUGAGGAUUCUUUGAUGAUGUGUGAAGAUGCCCUGCAGUUGAGUGGCUUGUUGGUGGGCCUCAACUGCCUCGAUUGCACAUUUGUCGUCAAACAGUGCAAUCUUGAUGACGAGGUUGGCUCUGUUUUUCAUUUAUCUAAUCGCGAUGCUAAUGAUGCCGACAAGCAGAUUGUGGCCAGCCUACUCAGUCAGAAACAAUACAUGGAGGAAGUGAAUAGAAACCAGAGAUCGACAAUUGACAAUUUGAACCAGAAGUUGGAGGUGCUUUCGUCAUCUAAUAUCCUGUUGAAUGAAGAGAUGAAUGAUGCGAAAUGCAAUAUCAUCAAGUUGCAGGAAGAAAAUACGAGACUCAAGCAUCAAGUCGUCCUCGACCUGGAGAACCAUUCUAAUCAGAUGAAGAAUGUAGAGAAUGACAUGGAGAUAGAGAGGAAGACCUACUUGCAGUCACAGAUGGGUCUCGAUCAACUCUACUUGGAUGCUCAGAAGAAUUUCAAUGAAGAAGUUCAUUUGAGAUUGGAGAUUGAAAAGGAAUUGAGCCACCAGAUAAGUUUGAAGCAGGAGAUGGAGGUGGGCAUGAAGUUGUUGGAGACCGAUGUGCACAAGAAACAGGACCUCAUCGUCUCACUGAGGAAACAACUUGAGGACAUCAAAUCAAUCAAUGUCAAACUUUCUGACGAUAAUAAGGAACUUGAAAGCAUGCAUACACACAAAGUUGACAUGCUAACGAAACUUGAGUUCAAGUGCUCACAAAUGUGCUCCGCCAUAAAAGACCUUGAAAACGAAAUGGAGGCUCAGAAAUCGAACAAAGUGCACAGCGUAGAAACCAUGAAGCAAUAUGAACAACAGAUUUAUGAACAUGAAAAUUUAAAAUUGUCAUUAGAAACUAGUUUAAAAAAUGAGAAAGAUCAUAAUGCGAUGCUGGUGAGAACUUUGGAGGAGGAGAGAAAAAAAAUGGUGGAGGUGCAGAUGCAACUUCAGUUCAUGAACAAGAUCAAGCAGGAAAACGAAUCGUUGAAGAUAAAGUUGAAAGAACUUGAGGUGCGGUGUAUGGAGCAAGAAGAUGCUCUGACCGAACUGGGAUCCCAUCUUAUUCACACGAAGUUGAAGGUGGAGAACAUGAAGGAGGAACAGCUGGUGACGAAGGAUGCGCAGUGGGCCGACGACAAGGAGAUCACCAACUGCACUCAGUGCCAGAAACAGUUCUCUGUCUCCAGAAGGAAGCACCACUGCAGGAACUGUGGCGAGAUCUUCUGCAACGACUGCUCCAACACCAAAAUGCCCCUGCCAUCCUACGCCAAACCUGUCCGCGUCUGUGAUGCCUGUUGUACUAAACUGCUUAAAAAAUCAUGCACUUCCUGA